AACCAGCUUGAACAAUGAAGAGGACCCUGGUGUAAGGCCGGGACCGCAACUAAAAAGGACUACAGUUCCCAGAGGGCAGUGCGCCAACUCCAAGUGGAGGUCGGGUUGCGGGGCAUGCUAGGAAUUGUAGUGUCAGCCGCUUUCACAAUCUAGGCUGUUUCGAAGAUAUAAAGCUUCUUUUUCUUGAGACUGUAUUUGGCCAUUUUGGCAGAUGUCGCGGCUGAAGGGUGUAGAACUUGUUAUUUGUGUCCUUGAGAAAUUUCAAGGACCAACUGCAAGCCAGCAAAUUUAGAAGAGUCAAGACCUUCAGUGAGCUUUCUGUCGAUUGGGUGGUCCAAACAGCAGGAUGGGAUAAAGGCAGGACUGAGCCAGGCUGGGCUACAGAAAAAGGGCGGAGCCUCCAGGCAGUCUCUUGGCAACCGGAUCUGGCUGCCAAACCGCCAAACCUUGAGGCGCAAUGACCUCUGGGAAUUGUAGUUCAGUUGGAAGGGCCUUUUAGGAGCCUCGUGACUGCAGGCCCGCAGUCUGCGGACUACAACUCCCGAAAUCAACCAUGAGGGCGAAUGGGUGGGAAGGGCCCCCAGCGAGCUCCGACCGGGAUUCCAUGCUCCCCAGUGACAGCAGCGGCAGGAAGCUGGCGGGUGCUACUCCGGCGCCAAGGCCUCUGGUUCCCCGAAGGGCGACAUCGGACAUUUCCCUACGUAACUCCCAUCUCUGGGCCCCGAGUCUGUGCAUGGCGAAGUCCCCGGAGAACUCUACCCUGGAGGAGAUUCUAGGGCAGUAUCAACGGAGUCUCCGGGAACGUGCAAAUAGAAGCAUUCACCAACUGAAAUGUGCCCUGAGAGAAGGUGAUGUCACCGUUGGAGAAGAUGCUGCGGGUCCCAGUGUGGAAAAUGAGGAAAAUGAGGAAAAUGAGGACGCUGGGACUGCCUGGCAUGAACUGCGACACAGCCAUGCCGUUAAUCAGCUCAAAGCUUUGUUGCGCCAACAAGCAACUAAGGAAAGUGAGGUGUCUCCAUCAAGAAGGCGAAAAGUGUCCCCUCUGCGGGCGUCAGAAGAUGAGGAAGCCAACGUGCCUACCAUCCACAAUCUUGUUCCGAUCAUCAAUGACCAGUCUCAGUACAUUCAUCAUUUAGAGGCAGAAGUCAAGUUCUGCAAGGAGGAACUCUCUGGAAUGAAAAACAGGGUACAAGUAGUUGUGCUUGAAAAUGAAAGUCUCCAACAAGAGCUGAAAUCUCAAAGACAAGAGGAAGCAAUGAAGGAACAAACACUUCUGGAUGCAUCUGGAAACAUGCAGAAUUCUUGGAUUACAACAGGUGAAGAUUCUGGGGUGGGUGAAGCUGCCAAGAGACGAUUCUCCCAUGGCAAUGCGGAUAUUGUCGUAGGUGCAUCUGCUGGGGAAGCUGAAAAAUGGAAACUAGAACUGGAGAGGCUGAAACUUACUUAUGAAGAAAAGACUGAAGCCCUAGAAUCUCAAUUGAAAUUUUUAAGGAAAGACGUAGCUGAAUAUCAGAAAAAUUGUGAAGAUCUUAAAGAGCGACUGAAGCAUAAAGAGUCUCUCCUCGCUGCGAGUACUUCUAACUGGGUUGGUGGCCUGUGUUUGAAAUGUGCUCAGCACGAAGCUGUUCUUUCCCAAACCCAUAAUAAUGUUCACGUGCAGACCAUUGAAAGACUGACUAAGGAAAGAGAUGACUUAAUGUCCGCACUAGUUUCCGUCAGGAGCAUCUUGACAGACGUGCAGGAAAGAGAAGCCGGCGCUUAUGAGCAGGUGAAGCAAGCCGUGCAAGUGGCCGAGGAAGCCAAUUUCGAGAAGACCAAGGCUUUAAUCCAAUGUGAACAGUUGAAGAACGAACUGGAGAGGCAGAAAGAGCGACUUGAAAAAGAACUCGCAUCGCGCAGAAAAAGGGCCUUUGAGAAAGAGAUGAUGAAAAAGGACCUAACAAAAGAAAAGGAGGACCUGGGAUCAAAGAUAUUGUCCCUGUCUCAAAAUAUUGCCCAACUGGAGGUCCAGGUUGAAAAGGUUACAAGAGAGAAGAUUUCAGCUAUUAAUCAACUAGAGGAAAUUCAAAACCAGCUUGCUUCCAAGGAAAUGGAUGUCACAAAGGUGUGUGGGGAAAUGCGCUAUCAGUUGAAUAAAACCAAAAUGGAGAAGGAUGAGGCAGAGAAGGAGCACAGAGAGUACAGAGCAAAAACUAAAAGGGAUCUUGAAAUGAAAGAUCAGGAAAUAGAGAAAUUGAGAUUAGAAGUCAGUGAAAGCAAACAGCACUUGGAACGGGAGCAGCAGAAGGCAGCCGGGGCCAGAGAGGCGUGCCUGCAAACUCCAGAUCUGCUGAGCGCGUCCCAGCACCAACUGCACCUUUGUAGACUGGAAAAAGAUAGCAUUCAGCAGAGGCUUAGCAACGAAGCAAAGGCCCAAGCCCUUCAGGCCCAGCAAAGGGAACAGGAGCUGACACAGAAGAUACAGCAAAUGGAGGCCCAGCAUGACAAAACUGAAAAUGAACAGUAUUCACUGCUGACCUCCCAGAAUACAUUUUUGACAAAGUUAAAGGAAGAGUGCUGUGCAUUAGCCAAGAAACUGGAACAAAUCUCCCAAAAAAGCAGAUCUGAAAUAGCUCAGCUCAGUCAAGAGAAAAGGUAUACGUAUGACAAACUGGAAAAGCUACAGAGAAGAAAUGAUGAAUUGGAGAAACAGUGUGUCCAACAUGGGAGACUACAUGAGAUAAUGAAGCAAAGGCUGAAGCAGCUGGACAAGCACAGCCAGGCCACGGCCCUUCAGCUGGUGCAGCUUCUCAACAAGCAGAAUCAGCUUCUGCUGGAGAGACAGAGUCUGCAGGAGGAGGUGGGGCGUCUGAGAUCCCAGUUACCCAGCAUGCCACAAUCUGAUUGCUGACCUGGAUGAAACAGAGUGAAAUAAAUGGUUUACAAAGAGAUAUUUACAUUCAUCUGAUUUGUUCGUGAGAUGCCACAGAGCACCACGACCUUCCCGGUGGCCGGCGCCCCGGACGGCAGCAGGCGGCCAGGUCAGCCGCGUCUACUGCCCAGCGGUGCCCGUGCGGCCAGGCCCCGCGCCGGACCAGGAGACCUCCUGCAGUUAUGUUCGCAGAAAUGGCUUGAAGUUAACUGUGUUCUGAUAAAUCUGCUCAUUUGUAUCCUGUUACACAUGUGAAUUUCAAUAAAUGAACUUUUUUAAAGACCUGAAUUGAAGCGUUUCCUUUUACCUUGUAGUGAUGAACGAAACACAC